AUGGCUGACCGUCGACCACUUAUUCAAGAGACGCCAGAUCUCUCUGAGAGUUCUGAUAACACCCCCGCACUACCGUCUCUAGGCUUCUCCAGUAACCCUCCUGGCCUCGGAUUCACUGGUAUUUCGCCUACACGGCCAGGCUACGCUCGCUACCAGAGCGACUCGACGGCUGUGAGUCGCAACACGCCGAGUAUCGUGCAAGAAGAGGAUGAAGAAGACGAAGGCGACAUCGCGCAAAGUUUCCAGCAAGGGGGGAAAGACACCGGGCUAGGAAUUGCUACCACUGCAACCAGCGCUGUACCUCAGGCUGCCAGGCGCGUCAGUAUCCAGCCUUUCCCCCGUCGAGCCGCUGGCCCUGGACCCAAAAGCCCGCCAGCAAAGAGCCCAGGUCCGCUAUCUCCCCUCAGCGCUACAGACCCUUAUUUUGGACAUUUCCCAAGGAGCUCAGCAGAAUCGACGCCAGAUCUCCGCCGAGAAAGGUUCAGUCCUGAGGUCGGGAGAGCGAGUCCCGUAGGCUCGUACGAGGAAUUCCGGCAUGGAAUCUUGAAGAACGUGAAGCAGAAUAGUAGCACGAGCGUGAACGACUACGAGAACUACAUUCAGUCGUCAGAUGCGCAAAGAUUGAGAGGCGGUGGUGCGCCCUCGAUUAAGUCGGCGUACGAGAAUGAUUUCCGCCCUGUGCACGAGUGUCCGACGACAAAGGACUUUUAUCAUCCAAAGUUCACGUGGCUGAACUUGUCGAUCUUCAUGAUCUGUCUCUUUUCUUGCGUCUUUUCUGGUAUCUUUUUGGCGCUUGCAAUCCGCGCUCCGCACUAUGGACGGCGCAUAACGAGUCACGGACCCAUCACUCCGUCUGAUGCCAUUUUGAUCACGACCGUCAUGGCAAAGUUGAUCGAGCUGUCGUUUGUCACGGCUUUUGUCACGUUUCUCGGGCAGGUGCUCAGUCGACGAGCAUUCAUGAAAGACCACGGCCGUGGCGUCACACUCUCGGAGCUCAGUAUGUGGCGAUGGGUAGUCCAGCCAGGCACACUGAUCACAUCGUGGGAGUCUGCCAAAUACGCUGGCCUAUCCUUUCUGGGGAUACUGAGUUUACUAAGCGCUACAUUAGCUACGCUGUAUUCUUCUGCUGCCGCAUCAUUAGUGCAACCAAUGUUGCGAGAUGGAAACUGGGAUAACGGUCUCGUGUUGGCUGGCCGUGUCAAGAGCGACUUUGCUAAUAUCAAUUACCUCAAGCAAAUGUGCGAGACGCCUAUUCGCACGGAUAAGGAGCACCAGGGCGAAACGUGCGUGCAGCUGGAACAUGCGGGCCAGGGCUACCAUAACUUUCAGCGCUACCUGUCCGACUGGGAUGUUGCUGCUCGAAACGGAAAUGGGAGUUCAGAUUUGCGGCUGAGGCCACAGGGAUUCGGGCUCUUGUAUGAGAAUACGACAGUGACGGGCCAGUGGAUCAAUAUCAUUAAUACAACAGAAGUGUCGAAGAAGUAUGGUCGCGUGAUUAACAACAUCACAAUGGCGAUGCCGCAUGCUGGAGUAUUUGCAGCGGCACGAGAUGAGCGCAACGGGAUACUGCAGCCGGCAGAACUUAAUUCGGAAGGGACGUAUUCGCUACGGGCGGCAGUGCCGUCGCCCGUGAUUAAUGUUUUGUGUGUUAAUUUGAACAAAACGGAGCUGGAACCACUUGUGUACAGCGAAUGGCCAAACGAUGAUACUGUCAACAUCACAACAUGGGUCACUACGCCAGGCAUCAGAGAUAGAGCAAGUACGCAGAACAAGACGGUGGUCGAUGAGCUGUUUGGAUGGGACGGCAAUGAUACGAAAACGCUAAAUUGGCCGCCAGUGUUUGGGAGGUACCCAAUUCCCUUCAACACAAUACUCAAUCAUACGAGCAAUGCAUGGGGCCGGCCGGCGAUUUACCUGCUUGGGCAAGGCGGACCAGACGACAUGGGUAGAGACGGGACGGGCAUCUACUCUGUAUGCAAGCUUCAAGUGUCGAUUAUGCCUGGGUGCAGCACACGCCACAACGUAACGGGAUCGGGCGGGAGCAUGGAAGUACUGUGCGAAGACCCAAAGGACAAGAUGGCGUUUCGAGAAACAGGAGAAACACCGAGUAAGAACACGUUUGGCGUGGCUAAUUGGCGCGAUGUCGGGACGGACUGGGCGAAUAGCCUUUCGCUAGGCACAGGACUCAUGGAUGCAAAUGCGAGCACGUCGAGGCUGCUGACGCAGUUCAUUCUCAAGCCGGAUAAUGCUGAUGCAGACAAUCUUAAAGUCGAACUAAGUCGUGCGCUGCCGAGUAUGGCGGAGGCGCUAGCGGUGCUGUCGAGUUGUACGCUACUGUUGAGCAUGGUGGAUACGCCGUUUGUGACUACAUGGGAUUACACACAUCCCGCGCUGGAUGAAUACCAGACGCAAUACUUUAAUGCGUCGCUCAAGGCUCAACAGUACGCAUCGGGUGGCAUGCCCGGAGCCUCCAAAGCUUGGAUCAUUAUUCUCGCGCUGGUUUUUCUGAUGAAUAUUUUUGUUCUCAUCUACUUCACCCUGCACCGCGGUCUCGUGACGGACUUUUCUGAGCCGCCCAACUUGUUUGCACUGGCAGUCAAUUCGCCACCUUCACAUGUGCUCGCCGGGUCGUGUGGCGGCGGGCCUCAGGGCAAGCAGUACGGGGUCAACUGGUUCGUCAACCACGAGGGCAGCCAUCUGUACAUGGAGCCAGGCGAGAAAGCACCUCUGAUGGGCGGAUGUGAAGAUGGGCAUGUGCACACACGAGCAGCUGGUCAGGGCAUGGGCAGAGGAGUCAGCGGUUUCAUGGCGUCAGUGACAGAAACGGUGAAACGCGGGCUAGGGCUCAGAAUAGAACAGAGGCCAGCCAAGCUGGGGUCAGUUAGUGGCGUGGAGAGUUUCCGGCCGGCAGUUAACACGCUGAGACGGGGCAGCAUUCCGUCCAACUAUGAGAUGGAAGACGGGCUGACGAGGACACGGCGGCAGUACCAGAAGCUGUCGAAGAGGAGGAGCGUGCUGUGA